AUGAUCUUCAACGCCUUCUCGCUCCUUGCCUCCGCGGCGCUGGCUUCUGCUGCGGCCGUCAACAUGCCGCGUGCCGCCUCUGUCUCCAUCACGCCCCACGACCGCUACUCGUCGUCGAUCGGAGUCCUCGGCUGCAAGAUCAACACGGACCGCGUGGCCUACUGGCCCAUGUCGCCCAGCUGCAACGACAUCUGCGUCAAGGUCUCGGCCAACGGCCGCUCCGUCUACCUCCUGCGCAUCGACCAGUCCGGCGGCGCCCACGACAUCAGCUACGACGCCUGGAACUACCUCUACGUCGGCAAGUCGGCCACCGAGUCGCCCCAGUACGGCGGCGGCAUCCCCGCCACCUGGGAGGGCGUGCCCAUGAGCAACGCCAACUGCAAGGCCCUGCUCAAGGGCACCGGCGGCCGCCUCGCCUUCUCGGCCGCCAACAGCAUGAACUUCAUCACCAGCUGCUCGUCGGCCACCUGGGUCGGACAACACAACGUGCUGUACAACAUCCUGAACCCCGUGUGCACCUGGGGCUAUGACGAGAUCUGCACGCUGCCGCCGCCCAACGUUAGCAACGAGCCUACCUGCCCUCACCAGCUCGGCGUUCCGGUCGCGCUCACGACCCAGCCCGUGUACAACAUCGACUACGGCACUGGGAAGAAGUCGUUGGCUGUUUGA